UACAGUCUACGGGCCACCACUGUCCAAGAAAUCUAUGCAUCCACCCCUGACAGACAGAAAGAUGUACAGACAGAAAGACUUAGAAAAAUAGUUUCACUAAACUUGUUAAUUUAAAUAAGCUUAGUUCCUAUUUUUUCCUCUAAGUUGGAGCCCUUUGUAAUAGAGUUGGUAUGAUUGGAAAGUUGAUUCCAGCAACCGAUAACCUCCUGUGAGGAGUAUUAAGCUGAUUUUUUUAGGAUUCAAAAUAAAUCAACAAAUCCCUGUAUAUGUUUUCUCAUAAUGUCGACAGCGUGCAGCCUGAGGCUCGUGAAAUGACGCACGAGACAGCAGGGGGGGUUAUUAUGUUGAUAAAUAUGAGACACCCAGAGACUCCCCUGUUUAAACCUCUGUCCUCCUCCUGAGGGCUGCUAUGUCUCUGGAUGACUCCUUUGUUGUUACAACAGAGGAAAGUCAGGUUUUGGUUCUGAAUGUUUCUAAAGUAUUUUUAAACUCCACCGUAGGGCAACAUGAGUACAACAUCUGGCCCCCUGGGAUCGGGAUCGCUGCAGUCUAUGGAACCAUCAUUGUCGUGGGUCUGGUUGGAAAUGUGACUUUGAUGAAGACGUGUCUGCUCGUGAAAUCCAUGCGGACUGUGCCCAACCUGUUCCUGUCCAGUCUGGCUCUGGGGGACUUGCUGCUGCUGGUGACAUGCGCCCCAGUGGACGCCAGCCGAUACCUGGUGGACGAGUGGGUCUUUGGCCGGAUGGGAUGCAAACUGAUCCCGUUCAUCCAGCUCACCUCGGUGGGAGUAUCUGUGUUCACCCUCACUGCUCUCUCCGCUGACAGAUACAAAGCCAUAGUGAAACCGCUGGAGAUCCACAGGUCCAACGCUAAACUCAGUGUCUGUUUCCGAGCUGGAGCCAUCUGGUUGCUGUCAGUGACUCUGGCCAUUCCAGAGGCCGUCUUCUCCGAUCUGCACACCUUCACCAUGAGCAACACCAAUGAGACAUUUGUGACCUGUGCGCCCUACCCUCGCGCUGGUGAACUGCAUCCCAAAAUCCACUCAACAGCCUCCUUCCUCAUCUUCUACAUCAUCCCACUCUUCAUCAUUUCUGUGUACUACUGCUUCAUUGCUUUCAGCCUGAUCACGAGCUCUGCGGCUAUACCUGCUGAAGGAAGCCUUUACAUCCAGAGACAGAUCAAGUCAAGACAGCGAGUGGCCAAAACUGUGCUGGUGUUUGUUGUCCUGUUUGCCGUCUGUUGGCUGCCCAGCCAUGUGAUCUACCUGUACCGCUCCUACCACUACGACCGGGUGGACACCUCGCUGGGCCACUUCAUAGCAAGCGUGUUUGCACGCAUACUGGCUUUUACCAACUCCUGUGUGAACCCAUUUGCCCUCUACCUGAUGAGCAGCAGCUUCAGGAAACACUUCAAGAGGCAGCUCCUGUGCUACAUUCCCCCCAGACGGCUGUACAGUCAGAGCAGCAGGAGUACAAAUAUCACCACUGUCUGAAUGUGGACUAAUUAUUGUUAUCAGUUUUUAACUUUCACUGAUCAACCAAAUUUAUGGAAAUAAGAGUUGAUGCAAGACACUUUUCAUUAUCAACAUUUUUCAAUUAAGUCUUGAUGGUCCAAGUUUUUUCUUUAUAAGUCUGGUUUUGAGAUUGACAUAACACCCUUAAGAUUAUAUUACCAAUAACAUUUCAUUUGUUUGAGAAUUUCUGUGGUAACUAUGUAUGUUAAACUUGACAUCCAAUUUAGUAUGCGCAUUUUCAUCUGUUGAAUGCCCUUAUUAAAAAAAAUGAUGACAAAGGUGGAUACAAGCCGGAGGUUCCUCUGAUAGUUAAGGUUUUAGAGGAAGUGAAACCCUUUCACAUUUAACUUGUGCCACAUGAAUGUUUGUCAAAAGUAAAGUUAUUGUUGUCUAAUGUGACUUGUUGAAUACAUAUGUUUGUAUUAUAAUUUGUGGUAUUUAUUGUUGUGAUGGUUGGCUGAAUGCAGCAGUUCAUUAUUAAAUUCAUAAUCUCA